GUGAUAGAGAGGUACGUUUCCGGGGGGAUGUGUGGCUAUGACCGGGAGGGCAGUCCGGUUUGGUACGACGUGAUUGGCCCCCUGGACCCUAAAGGCCUGCUGAUGUCCGCCUCCAAGCAGGACUUCCUGAGGGCCAAGGUCCGCCACACCGAGCUGCUGAGGAGGGAGUGCCACAAACAAUCCGAGAAGUUGGGGAAGAACAUCGAGUCCAUCACUCUGAUCUACGACUGCGAGGGUCUGGGGCUGAAACACAUCUGGAAACCAGCGGUGGAGGCCUACGGAGAGGAGGAGCUGCGGAGGCACAUCUCCCCCCAGCAGCUGCCCGUGGCCUACGGGGGGGCGCUGACCGACCCCGACGGGGACCCCCGCUGCAGGACCAAGAUAAACUACGGGGGCACGGUCCCGCGGUCGUACUACGUCCAGGAGUCUGUGAAGGUCCAGUACGACAGCAGCGUGACGGUCAGCCGGGGCUCCAGCGUCCAGCUGGAGUACCAAGUAACGGCCGCCGGCAGCCUACUGAGAUUAUUCCUACAAUAA